AUGCCCACCCAGACACCCAUCGCCCCAUCCAUAAUCGUCCACGGCGGCGCAUGGGCAAUCCCCGCUUCUCAAACCGUCGCCUCGCGCGAAGGUGUGGAAGCCGCCGCCUCCCUAGGCUACGACCUGCUCAACUCGGGCGCAUCGGCACUGGACGCCGUCGAGGCUGCGGUCCGCGCCUUGGAGGACAACCCCGUCUUCGAUGCCGGCGUCGGCUCAUGCCUCAAUUCCGCCGGUGGUGUCGAGAUGGACGCUGCCAUCAUGACUGAUUCCGUCGAAGCCACAAUUCGAUUUGGAGCCGUCGCCGCCCUGUCGAACGCCUGCAACCCGAUCUCGGUCGCCCGCGCCGUCAUGGAACGCACCCCGCAUUGCUUGCUCGUCGGGGAGGGCGCGGAUGCCUUCGCAAAGGAAGUUGGCGCGGAAGGGGCCAGCGUGGAGGAGCUUGUGACCCCAGCCGCGGUGGAGGAGUGGCAGAGGUUCAAGCGCUACUCUGCAGCAGUGAAUGAUCUGUUUAAUUCGGGGCACGACACUGUCGGGGCUGUAGUUCGGGAUGCAAACGGCACGCUAGCGUGUGCGACGAGCACAGGUGGAAUUACGUACAAAAGGGUAGGAAGGGUCGGGGACAGUCCAAUUAUUGGAGCAGGGCUGUUUUGUGAAGAUGGCGUUGGAGCUUGCUCGACGACUGGGCAUGGGGAGAGUAUUCUCAAGGUCGGUCUUGCUAGGACCGCCUUGUUGUUCAUGGAAAGCAGAUCUCCGGGUCAGGCUGCUGAGGUGGCUCUCGCGAAAAUGAAAAAGCGGACGGGAGGGUGUGGGGGGAUUGUUUUGCUGGACAACAACGGAGAGUGGAGCGCUGACUUCACAACGACUAAAAUGGCAUGGGCUGCCGUUGGGAAAGAUGGUGUUCUCAAGUCGGGUAUUGAUCGCGAGCAUCUGAAGCUGUAG